ACGGAUGCUGCUUGGAGAAAGAUGCUGGUCUCGCAAUCAAAAUUAAAAAUCGAAAUCAGCUUGGAGGAGGAUGAAGAGGAGAGGAAAAGAAAAUGAAAGGGGAGCAUUGCCCGAGCAAUCUUAAACUGAAUGACAGUGAGGACAUCCCACGCAUAGAAAUCAAUGACAACUGUGAUCCCAUCACACUUAGGACAGUUCCAGAGACGUGCCUUAAGAAGAUUAAGGAAGGCCUUUCGUAUUACCACAAUCAGUUCAGCCAACUGGGAAACGUGAAAGAGUCAAAAUACAACAGUGACAUUCGGAAAUUUUCACAUAAUCUUUCAAAAAUUAUCCUGGAUCUCCUCAAGUCAAUUAAGAGCUCAGACAGCAGUGCAGACGACAGGACCACAGAUAAUGUGGCUGCAGACAACAGGCCCAUAAAGACACACCAGAUCAGGGAUUGGGAACUGAACUGUACAUUGUUUCGAACUCUUGAGAGAUUUCAAUCCUUCUCAUCACUGGUGGCCCGUGUCUUUGGACAUCCUUCAGGAAACCCAUCGGAGCACCAUAACACAGGAGACUGUGAGGUGUAGUUCAGGGGGCUGUUGGGCAAGGCACAAAAUGCAAUCCAGAAAACUGUUGUACCAAAUUAUCUUUGGAAGCACCAAUUAAAAAAGACGAUGUCCAGUUUGUGUAAAACACUGUGGUCCACUUCACAACAAAAUGCUUUAAAGUGGCAGCCAUCUGGAUUUCCUAAACAUCAUUUAACUCUGCAGAUCAUUUAUUAGACGAGCACAAGAGUGUAAUGGUUAAAUUACUGGACUAUCUAAUCCAGUAGACCAUAAAUUCAAAUUUCACCGUGGUAGUUUGAGAAUCUGAAUUCAGCUUUAAAAACACCUGGAAAUAAAAAGCAAUCAGUAAGGAUGUGAAGGCAUUGGAGAGAGUACAGAGGAGAUUCAAGAUCCUAAGGGGGUAUGGACAAAAUAAAUAGUGAGAAACUAUUCCCACUCAAGAGAACAUUAAGAACUAGAGGGCACAGACUUAAAAUAAUUGGCAAAAGGAGUAAAUGUGAUGUGAGGAAAAAAAU